GUCCGCCCCGCCCCUACGAGGGCACUGCAAUUGGCGGAAAGUUCUGGGGCUUGUGGCGAUUGGUUCGAGAGCAAAGGCCCCGCCCCUCUAGUCCGGGGAGCUCAAAGGGGUUUGCGCAGAGGGGUCGCCGGUUGUGGGGACGCGCCGGGCCUGGUGGCCGCACCGCGAGUUACUCGCGCUGCGGCCCCGACCCUCCCGGGGCAGCCACCCGAGGUCCCGGCGCGUCCCCGAACCAUGCCGGUAGCCGUGCUUCUCUGCGCGCUAUGCUGCGGCCUCCUGGCCGUCUCUGCUCGUGCCGGUUACUCCGAGGACCGCUGCAGCUGGAGGGGCAGCGGCUUGACCCAGGAGCCCGGCAGCGUGGGGCAGCUGACCCUGGAUUGUCCUAAGGGCGCUGUCGAGUGGCUGUACCCAGCCGGGGCGCUGCGCUUGACCCUGGACAGCCCCGAUCCGGGCAUGCGGCCCAGCAUCGUCUGUCUGCGCCCAACGCGGCCCUUCGCUGGUGCCCAGGUCUUCGCUGAACGGAUGGGCGGCAACCUAGAGUUGCUACUGGCCGAGGGCCCAGACCUGGCUGGCGGCCGCUGCAUGCGAUGGGGUCCCCGCGAGCGCCGGGCCCUUUUCCUGCAGGCCACACCACACCGCGACAUCAGCCGCAGAGUUGCUGCCUUUCGUUUCGAGCUGCAUGAGGACCAGCGUGCAGAAAUGCCUCCCCAGGCCCAAGGUCCUGGUGUAGAUGGUGCCUGCAGGCCCUGCAAUGAUGCCGAGCUCCUUCUGGCUGCAUGCACCAGUGACUUCGUGAUACAUGGAACCAUCCAUGGGGUCACCCAUGACAUGGAGCUGCAAGAAUCAGUCAUCACUGUGUUGGCCACCCGUGUCAUCCGCCAGACACUGCCCCUGUUCCAGGAAGAGGGCUCCGAGGGCCUGGGCCAGACCUCCAUUCGUACCCCGUUGCGCUGCGGUGUGCGUCCUGGCCCAGGCUCCUUCCUUUUCAUGGGCUGGAGCCGAUUUGGUGAAGCCUGGCUGGGCUGUGCUCCCCGCUUCCAAGAGUUCAGCCGUGUCUAUACAGCUGCCCUUACAGCCCACCUCAACCCAUGUGAGGUGGCACUGGACUGAGAGACCUGGGAGCAAGUCCCCGCCAGACCUUCUGCUGGGAAUGGGUUACUGGGGAGGGGUGGUAGGAAGGGUGUGGCUCAGACAGCAUCCUGGUACCCGCAGUGAGUUGAUAGAAUACUAAAUAACUGGAUGACACCAGCCACUGUAGACUUGGUCUUCUGUGACACACCCAGCUCUGCUCUGGCCUCCCUUUACUUGCUCUCCCCUCUGUUGCCCUCCUAGCCCUUCUUCGCCUGCCUGCCCUGUUGACCCGGCUGACCAAUGAGUCUGUUUUCCUCUAAUCUAGGGUGCUCCUGGGGCUGAGUGCAGAAGUGCUGAAAAUCUCAAAACUUGGGGUUUUUUAGGUGGCCUGGGGGGCAAGCAGACAGACAUCACUUCCCGCUCUGCACGAGGUCCGUUAGGGAGGAGUGCUGUAGUCUGGCGGUGUGCCAUUCCCUUCCAUGGUCGUUGUGAGCCAUACAGUCAUCCUUGGCCUGGUCCCGCCCUUGGGGAAGAAUGAGCCCCUCUGUCCGGAGGCCCCUGCGACGUGCUGAGCAUCCAGACAUGGCAAAGCGCCUGCAGGGUGUGGGGUCUCCAUUGCAGGAUCCCGCUUGUUCGUUUCCGGCGGGAUAAGUGCACAAUGGGGUCUCUAAGGGCUGCUUCCCGCCGCUGGCCCCAUUGUUGCCAUCCCUGCCUUCCUCCUGGGCCUCUUUAUUUUGUAAAGGGCUAGUGAGACCCUGGACAGACAAAGCCUGUGGCCUGAAAGCCCUUAAGUGAGGUGUGCACUAGGUUUCUCAGGCUCCAACCAAGCACAUUCCUGCCACUUCUCUCUCAUGGCUCUGAGAAACUGCUUCAGCUCCAGUGCUGAGUGGAGUGGAGUGGGGGUCCAGAAAUGGCUUUCUGUCCUUGCAUGCCCUCCCUUUUAAGGCUUUCAUCCAUCAUCAGUCCCAGUGGGCUGU